CCUUGCCGCGCAUGCAGUGCAACGGCUAAAAUUGGCGCGACCCCUCUCCGCAACACGCGCCACAGUUCUCCUCGCUUUCUCCUCCCCUCCCCCCCUCGUCUCCCACCUUCCAAAUUUACUACGCCCACCAGCGGCCUCGCAUUGGGCUUGGGCGGUGGUGCCAUCACCGGUGCAGCGCGCAAUGGCGUCGUCGUCGGAGGGGUACGUGGACGUGCCGCUCGGCGGCGAGCAUCAUCAGCAGCCGCCGCCGCAGCCGCACCCGUACUCGGCGCCCACCAUGCGGAAGCAGCCGUCGCGGCUGACGUCCGGGAUGAAGCGGCUGGCGUCGAGGGUCACCUCCUUCCGCGUGCCCGACAUGGGCCUCAAGCGCACCCACUCCAGCGCGCAGCCGGCGCUCAAGGGCCUCCGCUUCCUCGACAAGGCCGCCGCCGGCAAGGACGGCUGGAAGUCCGUCGAGAAGCGCUUCGACGAGAUGAGCGCCGACGGCCGCCUCCACCAGGAGAACUUCGCCAAGUGCAUCGGCAUGGCGGACUCCAAGGAAUUCGCAAGCGAGGUGUUCGUGGCGAUGGCGAGGAGAAGGAAGAUCGACCCAGAACAAGGACUCACCAAGGAGCAGCUCCAGGAGUGCUGGGAAGAGAUGUCUGACAACAACUUCGAUGCACGGCUACGCAUAUUCUUUGACAUGUGCGACAAGAACGGCGACGGAAAGCUCACAGAAGAUGAGGUCAAGGAGAUCAUUGUGCUGAGCGCGGGGGCGAACAAGCUUGCCAAGCUGAAGAAACAUGCUGCGACCUACGCCUCGCUCAUCAUGGAGGAGCUGGACCCUGAUGCCCGCGGCUACAUUGAGAUUUGGCAGCUGGAGAAGCUACUCCGUAAGAUGGUGAUGGAAGAGGGGUCACAGGAUCAGAUGGACCAGGCGUCAACCAGCCUCGCCAAGACAAUGGUUCCGUCCAGUCACCGGAGCCCAAUGCAGAAACAGAUUCACGAGACCGUCGACUUCAUCCACGAGAACUGGAAGAGGAUAUGGUUCCUGGCGCUGUGGGGGGUCGCCAACAUUGCCCUCUUCAUAUUCAAGUUCAUACAGUACAGGAAUCGGGCCGUCUUCGAGGUGAUGGGGUACUGUGUCUGCAUCGCCAAGGGUGCCGCUGAGACGACCAAGCUGAACAUGGCCCUCAUACUCCUCCCGGUGUGCCGAAACACGCUAACAGCACUCCGGUCGACUGCACUCAGCGCCGUCAUACCAUUUGACGACAACAUAAACUUCCACAAGGUUAUCGCGGUUGGAAUUGCAAUUGGAGCGGGUAUGCAUACGGUUGUUCACCUGACCUGCGACUUCCCAAGGCUGGUCUCCUGCCCAAGUGACAAGUUCCAGGAGAAGCUGGGGCCCUUCUUCAACUAUGUUCAACCAACAUGGGGAACUCUGUUCGCGAGCACUCCAGGGUGGACUGGUAUCCUCCUGGUCCUCAUAAUGUCAUUCUCCUUUACACUGGCGACAACCUCCUUCAGGAGGAGCGUCGUGAAGCUGCCAUCGCCACUGCACCACCUGGCUGGCUUCAAUUCCUUCUGGUAUGCCCACCACCUGCUGGUGUUUGCAUAUAUCCUUCUGGUGAUGCACUCCUACUACUUAUUCCUCACCAAGCCGUGGUACAAGAAAACGGGAUGGAUGUACAUAGCAGUUCCUGUUAUCUUCUAUGCCAGCGAGAGAGCCACCAGAAGAGUUCGUGAGAAGAAUUAUGGAGUGACUGUCAUCAAGGCAGCAAUUUACCCAGGAAAUGUUCUCUCUCUUUACAUGAAGAAGCCAUCAAGUUUCAAAUACAAAAGUGGGAUGUACCUCUUUGUAAAAUGCCCAGACGUCUCGCCUUUUGAGUGGCAUCCCUUCUCCAUCACCUCUGCACCUGGGGACGACUACUUGAGUGUACAUAUCCGCACAUUAGGUGACUGGACAACAGAACUAAGGAACCUAUUUGGGAAGGCCUGUGAAGAAGAAGUAAAUUCCAAGAAGGCUACACUAUCAAGACUUGAGACCACAGUCAUAGCAGAAGGCGCGGACGAGAAUACUAGAUUUCCCAAGAUCUUUGUUGAUGGCCCUUUCGGUGCACCAGCUCAAAAUUACAAGAAAUACGACAUCCUUUUCCUUAUUGGCCUUGGAAUUGGUGCAACUCCUUUCAUCAGCAUACUGAAGGAUCUCCUGCACAACAUAAAGUCUAAUAAUGAGCAGCAAAGCAUGAAUGACGAGGAGGCAGGCAGCAGCUUCAAGAGCAACGGGCCAAGCCGAGCUUACUUCUAUUGGGUUACCAGGGAACAAGGCUCCUUUGAAUGGUUCAAAGGUGUCAUGAAUGAAGUUGCUGAAUGUGAUAGCGAUAAUGCAAUAGAGAUGCACAACUACCUAACCAGUGUGUACGAGGAAGGAGAUGCGAGGUCAGCUCUGAUUGCCAUGGUUCAAUCGCUCCAACACGCAAAAAAUGGUGUGGAUAUCGUCUCCGGCAGCAAGAUCCGGACACAUUUUGCAAGGCCAAACUGGAGAAAGGUGUACUCUGAUUUGGCAAAUACCCACAAGAAUGCUCGUAUAGGUGUUUUCUAUUGUGGAUCUCCGACGCUUACAAAAACACUCAGGGAACUUGCAAUAGAAUUCAGCCACACGACAACAACACGGUUCCAUUUCCACAAGGAGAACUUCUAACUUGUGAGGUCAGCGCAACAAAAAAUUCGGUAGCAUCGGGUAGCAGUUCUAGCUCUGCAGGUGCCAGAGGGAGCUGGGGCAUAUAUUAGUGUACAAACUACAUGGAGUGAAAAGCAUGUGGCGUUAGUUAUAGCUGCUGCCACACAUAGAUAGGGGGAGGAAAGCCAUGUAUUUAUAUUUUCAUUCGUCAGUGAGAUUGCUUCUUAGAAUAAUUCAGACCUUGAACAGGUGAUUGGCUCGGUUCAAAAUUGAUAGGAUCAAGUUUGGAUUGGCUGAAAAUUAAAGUGAGCCAUUUACUCAUUUUGUUGUAACAAAGAUUACCCUCCGAAUCGGAUUCGUUAGCUUGAUAAAAAGAUUGUGUUGUAAACCAAGUAGGAGCAUUUCAAGUCAAUCUGCCCAUUUCUUUUCAA